AUGCAGAAGUGUGGCACGGAACGAAGUUCGGUGCACCCAGAAGCGCAUGUGUCAGACAAGAGCGGAGAAGUGCAGCGAGAGAGGGGAACGCGGUGGCAAUUGCUGUCCGCAGCGUUGCAGGCGUUUACCAAUGCAAGGGCAGAGGCAGAAAAUGCCAGGUCGAAAAAGGCGCGCCUAUUUGACGUUGGCCACAAAUCGGACAAGUGGGCUUCGCGAUACAGAAAUUCAGCAAGCGAUCGUAGAAUGUGCUGUUGGCGGUCGGCAGUCCAGGUGUUCGAUCCCGGUGACUUCGAAUUUGAGAAGCGAUACGAGGUGGUACCUGGCGGACUAAAAGCAACGAAGAAAAGUUCUUUUGGAGAGCCUUUUGGCGCUGCCUUAUCUAACAAUAAGAUGCAACGUCCUAAGGGGAAGAGGAGUUUCUUGCGAGGAGAAAAGAAGGUCGCGGGGGUUCUCAAGCAGCGCAAUAAGUACUUUGAGGUCCGCCUCGCUCGUCGAACUGCACCUUGUUGGCAGAAUCGGCGAGAAGCUCAAGCCAAAGUGGAGCAUGCUAGCUUCUUAAAACGAACAAGACAGAGCAAAAGAAACAACUCAAAACGUUUGUCCGAGUGGCGAUCGCAAGGCGCUAGGAUCUUAAUAGCCCCCGGCCGCAACUCUUCCGUAGGCCAGCCGCUACAAGGACUAGCACUGCAGCAGAUGGAGAGAAUUCCGGUUCGUCGUCUUCAGACCCAUUACCGUUGGGCCAGCGAUAUGGUCAGCCUAACCAAAGAUCCCGUCUCCUGCACGCCUGGGCUUGGGCAGGUUGGAAAUACGAGCAACGCUGCAAGACCUAGGGUCUUUGAACGGCUAGCGACGUUUGACGCUCCCUGGAGUGAACUUUUCAUCUGCAAGCAUCAAAGAACUUCGCCCCCGAACUCACCGCGUUUCCAACCCCGGGCCGAUUGCACCAGAUGGGCAGAGAAACUGAGAUACGCGAGUGUCUCAAAUAGACCUAGCGCCGAUCUGAUCGAACUUCUGUUCUGCUCUCUCAAAGCCCCUUCCUUGCGUCUUACCCUCGCGCAGAUGGGAUCGUACCCCUUCAUGGCUAUGGCAUUCAUUGGCUGGGAGGCUAUCAGCUCAAGGACCGCAACCCACCUGGGUGGGUCUCAGGUCGUUUUUCUCCGCUGGCAUUUUCUUCGGAAGGUCAGGAACACACAUCGGGACGAUCCUUACUGGUUCCUGUCUUGCACAGUUCGGCUGCAAGGCUGGCAACCGAAAACCACUAUGGACUGUAGCAUUCACAUCGAACUCCUAAUUGGCCUCCUAGAACUCAAAUACUGCUGCGAGCUAACGGUUAGUGAAGAAGCCCUACUUCCGUUAUCUUGGGCCGGCAAGAAACAACACCGCUUCCACUACAACAACCAUCGCCAGCCGCGAGGCAGAGCAUGCAGAACAACGCUAACCACACCAUCCUACAAAAAUGGUUGGACCUGCUGCUCAUCGCCGCUGUCGUGCCUCAACCAUGAAGAACCGCCAGCAGACCCACCUGCAUCAGAAAUGGGCCAUGAGCCAUGGGUUCCGCGAAUAGUUUGUUUGUUGUUCUUCGUUGAGAAGAAUAAUCUGAACAUGGCUUAUCUCUACGUAAUGUCCGUCAGGGUGGGUGAAUAUGACUGGCUGACAUCUUACCGCACUAUAACGGCGCCAAACUGCUUGACAGCUCUUCGAGACCCUUACAUCGAUUGGAUGUGCAUGGGACAAUCGAUUUCCCAAAACGGCUGCGAAGAACCUCCAGACCAGCACGAAAUCUUCCGAUCAGCUUGGCUGCUAUCGCAAUCAGUAGCUAUUCUGCCCAUAUCGGACAUGCGAAAAUGCGGAGAGCCAGAUUUUGAGCUGGUGCAGGACCCUCCGCUACAUAAGUUGUAUGAUUGUACUACCAGUAAAUUUGCUCAUUGGCCGGUUGGCGCGAAAAUGACUCCACUGCCGAGUCUUACAUUACCUCCCUCCCGUGAGGCCUCAUUGGCCAAUGCUCUGUUCCUCAUGGAUAGGGAAGUAGGUUUGACUACUCAACCUCGCUGGAGGCCAGAUUUAUCGAACUCUCUCGGCACUCUGCGGGAGCUAGUGGAGAGUGGACGCGAGUGGUAUGAAGACAUGUUGAACAGGACCAUGACCUUGUCCCGCUAUCGGGCUAACUGCUCCUUGCGUUUGACGAAAGCUAGACUCCUCGACGCUCGUAUUCGUUUUCGAUCUUCACAUAAAGAUGUAUCUCGCGGGAAAACAUCGCCGACCAUCAGCGAUACAUCUCAUGGCACGCUAAUCAUCAGCGUUUCAUCUUUGGUUUUCUGGUUAACUGAUAUCUCGGCAUUACCGGACUGCACAGAGGAUACCUCCACGGAAAACCCUUCAGGAAUUUCUAAUCGAAAGCCACGACCGAAACCUGAGGCUGACCAUUUGAUUGCUCACGAUUUGCUUCAGAUCACCGCACAUCUGUGUGCUGACCUCACAAUUUCUCUGCUAACAAUCGCUGCGCCUAGUAAGAAGCCCCAGUCUCGUUCCACCAACCUUAAGAACGCGAACUUUCCAGCCCCUAUAGCAUUCUACCAUUCUCUGAAUAUGACAAACCACGUGUUUGACAUCACAACGGUAAUGGGGCAGACGAAGUCUGUAGGUCAAUAUGGUAAGGUUUAUGGCAAAGCUCUGUCUCUUUCGUCGUCUAUAUUUGCAACUUUUGAUUAUGUUGGCGCCACUUCCGCACCGUUUUCUGACCUAGGCGCCACAAGAGUAUUGUUUCCAUACCUUCAUAUCUACAAAAAUACCUUCCUCAUACACCGUAGCUUUCACGAACACAUGGGUAGGAUAUCCCUUUUCCGUCAAGCCACCCUUCCUAUCGCGAGCAGUUGUGCGAACAUGUGUUUUAUUGCCCCGACACUCUGCUACAUGUCACACACCGCCAACGAAUGCUUCACCAUAUCCAUUUCGACUACAUAUGCACCCAAUCCUGGUAAUAGCGACUGCGGGGGGAAUCUCCAGAAGCUGCUGACUGGACUGGUGUCAACACCUCACCGCCUCCUUAAUCCUCUACCCUUUUUGCUAUUUCCUGUUUCGAAUCACCGCACUCUGGUUUCUUCAAUUGAGGCCAUUAGUAGAUGGCCAGGUUCCACAAAGCGACCUCCCAGCCAGCACCUAAUUUCUAUAUCCAAUAUCGCGAAUAGGUUUUUUCACCCACACUCCAUCCCCUCCGCCAACACCGUUAUCGUUAGCGUGCGUAUGUCGAACCCUUUCCACCUUGAUUCACCUGCACAUAAUCCGGCUUCCACGCCCACCAAAACAUCUCGCCGCCUUAAUCAGCAAGCUAACAUGGCAUACCGAACGAAUCCCCUCUCUCUAAUCCCACACACCACGAGCCGUCGCUACGAUAUUCGUGCCGUAUAUGAGACAACGGCACCAGCCGCGGCUAGGAAAAUUUCCCCUAGAGAUUCUCGUUUAUUCUCGUCGUUAUCAGGGUCCAGUCAAGAAGAAACGCUACCACACCACGCCAGCAGAGCAGAUUUAUGUACUCGCUUAUGCAAGAAAGAUGAAGUACGAGAACGGUGGUUAAGGUCGAGUAGAUGGAUUACGUCGAGGAUCGACGAUUUGGGAAUGAGAAAUCCAGGUCGUAGAGCAGCCAGCUUACGAGUCCUAAGACAUACAGAUAGCCGGACAGAAGAGCGUGACAGUAAACCACCUGAUUUCGCAAUCUGA